AUGGACACCAAGGACGUUGAAUCCUUUCCAACUAGGACAGUCAGUGCUGGCGACUCCGUCUCGACUGCCAAUGUUGGCCGCGACGCCCUCGCCGACGUGACUCCGCCGCACGAGAGCUACGAAGGCAGGCACCGCUUUGAUCCAACGGCAAAAUGGACCGAGGCCGAGGAGCGCCGGGUGGUUCGCAAGACGGAUAUGUACCUGCUCUCGGCGCUGUGUGUCAUGUUCUUCGGCCUCCAGCUUGACCGUGGUAACCUGUCCAACGCUCUGGCCGACAACCUGCUGAAAGACCUCAAAUUGUCGACGGAUGACUACAACAACGGCACCACGAUCCAGCUUCUGUGCUUCCUGGCCGCCGAAUUCCCUGCCCAGAUCCUCAUCAAGCGGUACGGUUUCAAAUACAUCCUGCCCACCAUGAUGUUCCUCUGGGGAACAGUCUCAUGGGCCCAGGCGUGGAUGACAAACCGCACAUCAUUCUAUAUCACUCGCGCCUUCAUUGGGUUGUGCGAAGGUGGUUUCAUACCGGGCACAAUCCUCUUUGCCACGUAUUUUUACAAGUCGAAAGAGCUAUCGCUGCGCCUGGCCGCCUUCUGGUCCACCCUCAAUGUUGCGCGGGUCAUAUCUGCUUUGCUUGCAGCUGGCAUUCUAGAGAUGCGAGGCAUUAGCGGAAGGCCAGGGUGGUUCUGGCUCUUCUUGCUCGAGGGUUUACUUACCUGCGUCAUCGCCGUCGUGGCGUUCCUGUACCUCCCAGUAUCUCCUGUGUCGACGAAGGGGCCUCUCUGGCGGAAGCCCUGGUACACCGAGAGGGAGGAGGUCAUUAUGGUCAACCGCAUUCUGCGUGAUGACCCAGCAAAGGGCCUCACGGCGAUCAAGGAGCCCGUGACCUGGAAGGAUGUGCGAGGAGCCUGGGCCGAUAAAUCCAUGUGGGGACUGUACUUUGUUGGCUUGGUCGCUUACAUUCCUGCCACUCCUGUGCAGGCAUACUUGACCUUGACCCUCAAGAGACUCGGGUUCUCCACUUUCAAUUCGAAUAUGUUGACGAUCCCUUCAGCAGUCCUCCAGAUCAUCACCAUGCUGUCUCUAGCCUUCAGCAGCGACUACUUCAACGAACGAGCGUUCCACGCAUUCUUCGGCGAGUUCUGGAUCAUGCCGCUGCUGAUUGCGAUGCUGACGCUUCCAAAUGGUGGCCGGGAUUGGGGCCGCUUCUCGCUGGUCACUUUGAUUUCCGGAUACCCAUAUUUCCACCCCAUCAUCUCAAGUUGGCUUUCAGAGAACACCUUCGACGUCAAGAAGCGGGCCAUUACCGCGGCAACUUAUAACGUGAUCGUCCAGAUCGGAAGUCUUAUCGGGUCACAGAUCUAUAGAUCAUGGGACUCGCCAUACUACAAGCACGGCAACGCAGUUCUGCUGGCCAUUUGCGUGUUAUCACUGGCGGCAAUCUUGGUACAGCGACAGGUAUUGGUGUACUUGAACAGAAAGAAGGAGAGGCAGUGGCAGGCAAUGAGCGUUGCAGAGAAAGCUGCGUACCAGAACGACACGGAGGCGAGGGAGAAAGAAGGAAACAAAAGACUAGACUUUCGUUUUGUGUACUAA